GGGCCUCCAGCGGGGGUUAAGAGUGCAGCUGCCACCAGCUCCGUGGUGUUUGUGUCCUGGCUCCCUCCUCUCAAACUCAACGGCAUCAUCAGGAAGUACAUUGUCUUCUGUUCCAACCUUCACCCCCCGGUACGGAGCUCUAUUAUUAUUAACACAGCUCUCACAGCAGCCUUGAAUGCUCAUUACAACACUGCCUCCAGUUCUCCCAUUCUGGGCUGUAUUAGAAAGUCCUGUAGGGAGAGAGAAAGCUCAUGAAGAUUACUCCCCUGUUCAAGUUGUAUGAUAAAUACGUAGACGUGUAACCCCCUUCCCUUUCUCCUUCCCUCUCUUCAGGUGAUGAGUGAGUUUGAGGCUUCUCCUGAUGUGUAUUUCUACAGAGUGCCAAACCUGGCCCGCAACAGGAAGUACAGCAUCUGGGUGGUUGCCGUGACAGCUGCUGGGCGAGGCAACAGCAGUGAGACCAUCACAGUGGAACCUCGGGCCAAAGCUCCUGCCAGGAUCCUGACGUUCAACGGAACAGUGACUACACCCUGGAUGAAGGACAUCAUUCUGCCUUGCAAGGCGGUCGGAGAUCCACCCCCCACCAUCAAGUGGCUGAAGGGAAAGUAA